CGAAGCACAUGUUCGAUGAGAUCGAUUUGGACUUCUUGGAUUUUACAAAGACGCCUGACGUCAAUUUCUGUUCCGCGGUGAAGAAAUGGGGACAUCGAAGCGUAACCUUCGUCUGCCAUUGCUCGCCAUUAUGUAAUGUGCGUGUGAGUGAAACUGGGGAGCACAUCCUCUUCCUCCAAACUCUCCACUUUAAGAAGUAGGGCAGAAGAAUUCCCAGUGGCUCGCGCUCUCUCUAUAUUUUUUCUUUCUUUCACGGGGCAUAUUAAUAACUGACGGACUGCGCAUCACCUCAAACCCACACAUGCAAGCAUCAAUACACACACACACACACACACACACAUACUUGAGGUGCAUGCCCCUCUGCAGAGAUGCUCCCGUCUUGGCUUUUCCUGAAUCCCAUCCACUUCUCCACUGCAAAAAAGAACUGCGAAAAGUCAACCACUGUUGCUCUAGAGACGGGACGAGAGGAAGCAGGACUGUUCGAGGGGGGGUCUCUGUCUCUUUAAGCUGGGUGUUUGUUACUGCAGAGUGUGUGGGUGCUGCAGUAGAGACGGAGCGAGAGAGAAAGAGGGGAGAGAGCGAGAGGACGAGGGAGCAUCGGUAUUAGAGAUACGCCUGGAGGGGAACAAGUAGCGCAGCAGAGAUUCGGGGCUCAUGUCCGCACGCUGAGGUGUGAGGGGAGAAGGGUGAGGGGAGAAGGGUGAGGGGCGAAGGGUGAGGGGAGCAGAGAGGCGAGAGCAUCGGGGAGUGCAGGUGGAGGGGUGGCAGAGCGAGUGGAGAGGGGGCUGUUUGUACGGAGCGUGGCACCGGUGGCAGAGUGGCUGCGCUGGGAUGGCAGAGGGGGGAACUGGGGGGGCUGGCGGUGGGGCAGUCCCCAGAGGGACAGGGGCAGCGGACAGGGCCAGGACAGGAGGACCAGCGACGGUUACGCGCACAGGACGGUGCCUGCCGGCUGGUGCCACCUUGCUCCAUCCAUGGCACAGAUAGCGCCUCACGUCCCGUGGCAGGAGGACACGGCGGUGGGGGAGCCGGGGGGAGUUGAAGGCGUCAGGGUGGGCAGAGCGUUCCUCGGGCAGGUGUCCCUGCGUCUGGACGAGGUCAGGGGCGAUCCGGAAGGGGAGGCCGGCAGCGCCUGCUUCGGGCAGGUGUCCCGGCGCCUGGGGAGGCUGCUGAAGAGGCUGCCAAAGUCUCGCUCCUGGAGUGACGGCCUGCGGAUCCUCCGGCGAUCCUCCUCUAACGGUUCUCUGCUCACCACCUCAGACUGUAGCUACACGUGUCACCUGGAGUGUGAGAGCAAGGUCCAGCUGGACUGCAACCGGAAGGACGGAGGGCGUGAAGAACGUGAAGAACGUCCAUCGCCCAGAAGACGCUGCUCCUCUGCGGCCCCUCGGCUCAAGCCGAAGGAGGCCAAGGAGGAAGAGGAGGAUGGAGCAAGGGACCUGUCAGAGGAAGAGGUGCAGACAAGGAUCGAAGAGUACAAUGCUCAAGUCUCUGAAAAUGGCAUGAAGCUGGCUUCGGACGGAUCCUACACAGGCUUCAUUAAGGUCCACCUGAGGCUCAGUCGGCCAGUCACCGUCCCCGAGGUGGAGGCGGCGGGCUCAGAGGGAGAGUCCAGGCAGACGUCUGGCCAGGAUGGGACGGACGGUGGGCAGAGUGAAAAGAGGACCUCCUUCUACCUGCCCAGUGACUGUGUGAAGCAGCUGCACAUCAGCUCUCUGACUACCACCAGAGAGGUCAUCCAGGGCUUGCUGAAGAAGUUCAUGGUGUUGGACAAUCCCCGCAAGUUUGCACUGUACAGGCAGACGCACCGCGACGGACAGGAUCUGUUCCAGAAGCUUCCCCUGUGUGAGCGUCCUCUUCUUCUGAGGUUGAAAGCAGGGCCUGACCCGCAGCACCUCAGCUUUGUCCUGAAGGAAAAUGAAACUGGGGAAGUGGAGUGGCAUGCAUUCUCUGUUCCCGAGUUACAAAACUUCCUGGUAAUCCUGGAGAAAGAGGAAGCGGAGCGCGUGCGGAUAGUGGUGCAAAAGUACACUGCGUACCGACAGAAACUACAACAUGCCCUUCAACAACAUGACCCCUGACCCCAUGGCCUGAUACCUUACGACCUUAACCCAGGGAGAGACUGCCCCUCUGAACGCUGAGCCCCUGAAGACACGUCAUCUAUUCCGAGACGGGAGAAGAGCUGAACUUUUCUCCACCCUCCACACACAGAAACACCCAAACAUACAGGAUAUCCACACUCGGAUGCAUCCCAUUUCUCAGGACGCAUGCAACAAGCCCCCUCCGCCAACCACACAUCCACUACCCGCGGGGUGGAGAAGGGGGUUAAAGCGACGUGAAAGGUUACAGGGUGUGUGACCUGAUAGCAGAUUGGGCAAGCACACACACACACACACACACACACACAUGUGAAUAUGAAUUAUUACAGUUUUCCCUAUUAGAGAGAUUCCCUUUUCUUCUGCUACUUCUGCUGCUGCUACUGUAAGUGUUACUUAUGCAUGAGUCUCUCUCAGCUCAGCCCCCUGCACAUGGAGCUAGAAGGAAAAUGGAAGGCAUGGAUUAUUUUGGAUGAAAGGACAAUCAUACGGGGUGUUCUUUUUCAUUUUAUUUUUCCUGGAAUUGAUGUUCAGAGUUAUCUCCUGAUGUAUUAUAUCUGUGCUGGAAUAUAAGAGGUGUUUGCGAGGAAAAUGUGAGAAAGCAAGAUCCAUUCUCUGAUUUUUCUCAGGGAGCAUGCGUUAAACAAAGAGAAAACCUAAAACUUAAUACAACUCCCUGUUUCAGAUAACUUUGUUCCAAAAACCAGCCUUUGGCAUUCGAUUCUAUCAUAUUAUUUUCCUACUUUAGAGCCACGUGAGAAGCCACUCUCUAGUGCUUUGUGGACUGGGGAGGUCUUGGAUCAGACCCGGUCACCAAUCAUCUCCCUCACAUCUCUCAGACAGUAACUGUGAUUUCAUUUUACCUCCCCAAAUCCCCAUGCUGAGCGAGGCAAUCUGCAUAUGUCUAUAGAUUUUACACUUUAUUGUAAAAGAGAUUUUACAGUUAUUAUGAGUUGCAUUUGAAUGUGAGGUUUUUUAUUAUUUUUUUCACACCAAAGUUUAGAAGGACAGACGUAUUGAGAGGAUUUUAAAGGGAUACAAGACACAUGUAUCUGCUUAAAGGUGGUGUCUGUUAAGAUAAAAACAAAUCAGCUUCUGUUUUUGCACAUAUAGAUGGAGGUCACUGAAUAGCCCAAGUCUUUGUGGGCGAGCAUGCAUUUCUGCUUCUCUUAUCUUUUCAUCUCCCCAUGUAAAACUCCAGAAAAAAAGAUUAUAUUGAAUCCAUGAUAAUGGCUAUGAUGUACCAAUGAUUUGUUUGCUAUGUAUUAUGUAGACACUGGAAACAGAGUGGUGGUUUAACUUGCUUUGUUUUGUUAUUGCAAUGAUUAUUAAUAUUAUUUUGGGAUCAUUCCUACCAGUGUGUGUGUGUGUGUGUGUGUGUGUGUGUGUUAGAGAGAGAGAGAGAAUGCGAAUAGUGUUUUAUAAUGAGUGACUGUGUAUUAUCAGCGCUCCCUCAUGGGCCUCACUUAUAACAUGCAUUGUGUGCACGUGUAACAUAACGCAUCACAACUGCAUAUUAGCUUGUCUUAUAAACAUUAUGUGAAAUGCAUUUAUCAUAGAAUUAAUGCAUUGAACCAAAGCAUUUACAAUCUUCAUUUCCCACACAUUCUUCAUCUUUUAGGUAAAACCAUAGAAAUAUUGAUAAAUGAGGCCCUUUGUCCAUAAGCACGUGCUUUUAUUAUUUUCAAUGCCACCACCCAUCGCCCGAGCUGUUGUGGCUGGCAGUGCCUUUUGUUUCAUGUGCCCCUGUGAAUAUAUGGAAGGUGUGUUUCAGCACACAGGUGCCUGAGUGUGUGUGUGGGGGCUUUUGCAUGUGUGCAAAUUUCUUGGGUGGUGUUGUACAUUUUUCUUUCUUUCAGAUCCCCUCAAUACAUUCGUCUUUCCAACAACACUCUGUAGGCGUCUGUGUGUGUGAGACUGUGGUGUGUUUUAUUUAUUUCAUGGUCCACCUCAUUCCUAUAAUAUUAUCUCAAGGAUGGUGAAUCCUUGAUGCUAUUUUUUCUGCAAUGUAUUUUGGUUGAUUUGAAGAAGUGUGUGUGUGUGUGUGUGUGUGUGUGUGUGUGUGUGUGUGUGUGUGUGUGUGUGUGUGUGUGUGUGUGUAAAAUUAGCAGAACUGUACAGAAUAUAACAACAAAAUAAAAAGGACACCCUUUACUUGAAUGUUAUCAUGUGUCUGGGUUCGUUGUGGUUUCACUGAAGAACACAGCAGUAAAAAAAAGCAUUACUCGUCUGCAUAUUAUGUCGAUCUCAACGUUAUGAUGAGGCGCAAAAUGGUUCCCUUUGUCUUCAACCUUAACAUGAGAAGAAAAUCACAUAAUGGAGAUAUAUGUCGCAUUGCAUAACACAUGUAGAAAUCUAUAAACCACGGGGGAUCUGGAAGGAAUCCUCAGCUACUCCUCUCAGUUGCUUUCCCUGAAAAGACAUUUUCCUCGUCCUUUAUGUUAUUAAAAAGGUUAAAAAUCCA